GUCGUCGCGCGAACUGUGUCCACGCAGCUUUUCCAUUACGUUUGCCGUAAUUUAUAAGAAUUUCAAUCAAUUCACGUGUUUAAAAUUGUGCAACAGAAAGAAAAUUGUCUUGUACACCGAUUCUUAAAUGGGAACAUGUAUCUCAACAUACGUCAAUUACAUUUUUCAUCAAAAUCUUUCUAAUUCAAGCCAAAUAAUGUAGCGGAUAAUGGAAUUGGCCGGAUGACAAAAGAUAACUUGCAACGCUGACUGCUGAUAACAACGACGUCAAAUUUAACGGGUAGCUGUGAACAAACUGUAGUGGACUCGUGCGCAUUGAAACUAUUUGUGUGCGCAAUGUGCAAUAAUAAUAAAGAAAAUCAAAAAGAAGUUUCCAGGCAUAGACCAAUUAAAGUUACAAUUAUUGGUGAUGGCACUGUUGGCAAAACAUGUAUGCUUAUUACAUAUACAACAAAUGAAUUCCCUUCGGAAUAUGUGCCCACAGUGUUUGAUAACUACGCAGGAACAGUGUAUGUAGAUGGACAUGAAUUUGAUAUAACUUUAUGGGAUACUGCUGGUCAAGAAGAUUAUGAAAGAAUUAGGCCUUUAUCUUAUCCAAAUACUGAUUGCUUCUUGAUCUGCUUUUCAGUAAAUUCUCGCACUUCUUAUGAAAAUGUAGCAAAUAAGUGGCAUCCAGAAAUUAAACAUCACUGUCCAAAUACACCCAUAGUUCUUGUUGGUACUAAAGGAGAUCUUAGAAAUGUAGAAAAUGUGGAUACAAUUACCGUUAAAGAAUGCAAAAAGAUGAAAAAGAAAGUGAAAGCUUAUAAAUAUGUUGAAUGUUCUGCUUUGAAACGUGAAAAUUUGGCAGAAGUUUUCAUUGAAACAAUUCGAGCAGUACUAAAAAAGCCAUCAAGUAAACUCUGUUGUUCAUUUUAA